UGUUUGGAUUGAAUAGGGAAUCCCGUAUGUGUCCGCGUAAAUAUUGAAACUAUUCGUUAAAAACAACUAAAUCUGGACACUUAGCUCCUGAUUGGAAGGAUUUUAUCAAAUAAAGUUGUAUUUGGUACAAUGCCGACGAUAGAAAAUGAAAAUAUGGAGACAGAGGAGGAUGAAAUGGAGCAAGAUUCUCCCGAUCCGGACAACAGUUCGGACGAGGAAUCGGAUGGGUCUGCAAGUAGCGAUAUUGAACUUGAUGAAGAUGAAUGUGCCAAGAGAAGAAAUGAAUGCUUUGAUGACAUGAUAGAAUUAGAAAAACAGUUCUCAGAUAUACGCGAACAGCUGUACAAGGAGCGUCUAGCUCAAAUCGACACAAAGCUAGAGGAGAUGAGAGCGGGUCGAUCCCAGGAAUACCUUGAUAGGCUGGCACAGCUGCAAGAACAGAUGCAAGUCCGAACACAAGUUGCAGGGAUCCUACGAGAACUUAGAAUGAAGGCUUGUGAGAUUAAACAUGAGAGUGAGGAAUUGGCUGCCAGUCAGCAUAUGAGGAGUGAGAAGACGCUCCUGUUUGAUUCAAUCAGAUCUGAGUUGGAAGAGAAAAUCCGACGACUCGAGGAAGACAGGCACAACAUAGAUAUCUCCUCAGACCUAUGGGAUGAGUCACAAACACAGAAGAAAAACAGUAGAAGAAAAACUAUGGAUCCCUUCAACCCUGAUAGGCGACGAAAACCUGUCACCGUUACUGGGCCAUACAUUGUAUACAUGCUGAAAGAUGGAGAUAUUAUCGAUGACUGGACGGCUAUUAAGAAGGCAUUGAAACAACAGCAACAGCAGCAUUUACAAAAGAGACGUCCAGAAUAUAAACAAACUAUUCAAGUGAGAUGAGAGGAGCCAGAGUGUUCUCAUGGAAUAUAACUCAUGGCUGUGAAUGUGUUCGAAGGAGUGAGAGACAAAAGUAGUGUAUUUUAUUGAGGACAUUCGCUGUACAAGACUUCCGUUAAAGGAAGUUAGAAAGUAUAUGACUCCUUAGAAAUUAUUAAUGGAAGCCAUUUGUCUAGACUUGUAUCAAUUUAUUUGAUCUCUGAAUCUCCUUGCAGGCAUAGUUGAUAUGAUAAACUAAACCUGUCGUGGCAUAAGAAAUAUGUUCUUAGACGGAACGUGUGUUUGCAUAAACCCUCAAUAUGGUGUGAAUAUAGGUUCUUUUACAAACGUGCCGUACAUAUACAUCAAAACGACAGCAUGUUUAAAUGUCUUCUGCAGAAGUAUAGUUAUAAAUUAUCAUUGCAUCUGGUCAAUCAUGAUUCAUAUAAUUUUAAAUCCAGCUAAAGUAUUAUAGCUGAACAUUUUAGAACUUAAUACUCUGUAGAACAUUGCACAAUAAAGUAUCUAUUACAUUUUUGUUUUUAAUAUAACUAAAUAAAUAGAAUUUUAUCAAGUAGAAAGGUGUUUUUGGUCACAAUUUUUCCGACUGGUUUAAGUAUCUAUUACAUUUUUGUUAGAAUUUUAUCAAGUAGAAAGGUGUUUUUGGUCACUAUUUCUCUGGCUGGUUUAAGUUCCUCACAUGAAGAUCAAGCUUAGCUCACUAUUAAAUGUUCUUGGUAAAAUUCUUUUACUUUCUCAUUUUCAAGAGUUGAGACUAGAAGAUACUUUAAAGAUAGUCAUGAUAAACUACAUGUUAUGUUUCAAGAUUCAAGAAAUCGAGUAGAACCAAGUCAUUUGGCUAAAUCAAAUAAGGUACUUGAGAAUUUACAAGAAAUUAGGGCCUCGUAUGUUACUGAUCCUGUCCUAGAAUAAAUCCAUCUAUGGGAUAAAGGCUGUUGAAUUUUAACCGUUUCCUGUUCAAAUUUUAUAUGAAUUUGGAAACAUUCUUGAUGUAUUCUCUGGGUUAGCAUUCUGAGAGAUUGGGCUAAAUGAUGCACAUGUAUUUAUUUUUUACUAAAAUGUCAGGGGUCAUGAUUACAAACAGUUUUAAGUACGAGUUCAGAGGUGGCAAAUCUUCACUGCAAGUUUUCACUUCAUUUCCUAGUAUUAUUCAAGGAAUUUAUGAAUUUUAUAUUCAUUUUGAAGUAAUGCAAUUCUUUACAUUCAUUUUUUGGAUUAAUGGAUUCUUUGUUAUUUAUUAAAAGUGGGUACGAGUCCUAAUCAGACUCUACACUUGGACUUGAGACUGUCAGAAAUCAUGGGCCCAAAUAUUACAAUAUUUUAUUAUUAGUAGCAAUUGUUUUUAAUUGUUCUAGAUGUAUUGCUAACUGUUCACUCUGAUCCUUAUUAUCUAUCUGCACCAUUGUUUAUGAUUUUUUGAUCGUACAAAAUCAAUAUUGAUGAAAUAAACAUAAAUACCAGUAUAUCGUUUUUAAUUAACUUUUGAAUCCAAGUAACGUACAGUUCAACAUGUCAUGAGCACUAUCUAACAGAGCUUUGAACAAACAGAAUCAAAUGCUUUAAAGCUGCACUCUCACAGAUUGACCAGUAAGACAACUUUUUUCAUUUUUGUCUUAGGAUGAGUUUUUCAGCAUAAAACCAAUUUUCGAAUGCAAAUAUGAGAAAAUCCUUUGUCAGCAAUCUUAUAUCACUGGUUGUCAGACAUUAACACGGUACGAAUUGGCUCAUUCUAAGACAAAAAAUAAAAAAGAUGUCAAAACUGUGAAAGUGCAGCUGUAAUCUCUUCGGAUCAUUGCAAAAUUUCAUGAUCAAAGGUGAUUUGUCAGAUUGUGCAAUGUGAUAUAUUUAUCAAAUACAACUGUUUUGUAUCAUAAUAAAUAAAAAGUCAUCAAUCACAAGUUCAUUUUUGGGGGGGCUUUAUUUAACAAAAUAAUUGCUGUGCAAUUUUACAUCAUUUUAUGACACAUAUAUAGGAUCAUAUAACAAAAGAAUAUCUUGAACAAUCUGAAAAUCUCAAAAAAAGUAAAAUCAAACUGCUGUAAAUGGAAGCUUUGUUCAAAGAUUCAUUACUACAUGCAGUAAUUGAAACUGAAUCAUAAACAAAAUUCAUUUUAUACAUUUAUUACACUUCAAUCAAUAUUAAUGAAGCAAAGUACAUGAUAUUUAAAUUAAGGCCAUUCAAUGUUUCU